AUGUCUGUUCCUUUUCCUGAGCCGGUGUCUGUUCCUGUGCCGAUGUCUACUCCUGUUCCUGAGCCGAAGCCAGUGUCUGUUCCUGAGCCUGUUCCAGUGUCCCCCGACAAGAUGGCCGCUGCCGGAUCGGUGUCUGUUCAUGUGCCUGACCCGGUGUCUGUUCCUGAGCCGGUUCCUGUUCCUGUACCGGUGUCUGUUCCUGUGCCGAUGUCUGUUCCUGUGCCGAUGUCUACUCCUGUUCCUGAGCCAGGCUCGGUUCCUGUUCCGCCUUGGUUUUCACCGCCAUGGCCGCCCGAAGGGUCGUCUCCAUCAUGGUCACUCGAAUGUAUCGUGGCCGCCUGA